ACGUUGUGCGCGCGAGCAGAGAACAGAGCGUAGACACAGAUACACAAAAGUACGAGCGCAUAUUACUCAUCCGCCAGAUACGAAGAUACUCGCCUUGCAGUUGUACCAAAACUGGAUUUACCACCCCAAAAAUCAAAACCACAUUUCGUGUUAAGUGAAAAACGAAGCAAAUUGCAGCAGCCAGGCAACAACAACAAAAAACUUUCAAAACUCGAGCCAAAAGCGAAAUAGAAAAAGUAGUUCAAAGCGUGCAAAAUACGUUACUUUGCUGCAAAAGUUGUGAAACGUAUCCGAGAGAUACAAUACAAAAACACAGAACGAGAGCGAGCGAGAGAGAGCGAGAGCGAGAGGAGGAGCGCGCGUGCUUGAAGCGAAAGCCAAAACAAGCGACAAAAAGUGCAAUUUCUAAAAAUACAAUCACAAAUAUAAAAUAAUAAUUCCAAGCAGGAAGCUUCCAUCAACCAAACAGAUAACUCAUAUAUGAAAAAAUAUACUUGGAAAUUCGAAUAAAAAUACGCUGAAAAUCGAAGCAGAUUGUUGGAUUAACAUUCGUUCAGUUUUGAUCAAGCCAAGAACCCGUACACUUAAACACCAUGCAAGUGGAGGCCAGCUAUCCAAAGUAUGCCGGACGUGUCCCGCCCCUGGAUCUCUCCCAGGUGAAUGCCGCCCAGGAGCUGUGGGCUGCCGUCGGCAGUGGGACGCCAACAACGCCAUCGUCCAAGCGUCACCAUCACCACCACCAACACCAACACCAUCCCUACCACCACGUGCUGGACAAGUGUCGCGGUGGGGUGUCGCUGCUGAGCUCCGACGACCACAACAACAACCGAUUGACCAUGACGGGGCUGGGAUCGGGUGACGACAUCAUGAUGAGCCCCACGACCAGCCUGAUGCAUCCCAUGGGAUCGGAUGGCCUGCCGCUGGAUCCCCGCGACUGGACGCGCGCCGACGUCUGGAAGUGGCUGAUCAACAUGGCCGUCUCCGAGGGCCUGGAGGUGACGCCCGAGCUGCCGCAGAAGUUCCCCAUGAACGGCAAGGCCCUCUGCCUGAUGAGCCUGGACAUGUACCUGUGCCGUGUGCCCGUCGGCGGCAAGAUGCUCUACCGGGACUUCCGCGUACGCCUGGCUCGCGCCAUGGCGGUGCUCUCCUAGGCUGCUCCUAGACGACUGCCUUCACGUCUCUCACUGGUUGUAAAUACUCUAGGGUUACCUUAGUCUAGCUUUAGCCUUAGCUUAGUUCAGUUAGUUGUAAUGACUAGUCGCUAGUGCUCUUCUUGAUUAAGUCUUAGCCAUUAAAUCUGCAUUUCGAUGUCGUCAAAGAAGUGGGCUCUGAGAAGAAUCUGGAGCGGAAGUGAAGCUCAAAUGCUGUCCUAUUAGUUGCUUAAGUUCGCAUCUGAUGAAAAUAUAAAAUGCAAUUUUAUAAAUGAAAA